AGCUAAGAUGGCUGAGCAGAGACUCGCGAUGAGAACUCAGUGUCCUGCAUCUGCUGAAUCUCUAAAACCCCGGCUGAAAAAAGCUCCAGAGUUUCCUAUUUUGGAGAAGAAGAACUGGUUGAUACAUCUCCACUAUAUCCGGAAGGAUUAUGAAGCAUGCAAGGAUGUUAUCAAAGAACAGCUUCAGGAGACUCAGGGGUUAUGUGAAUAUGCUCUCUAUGUCCAAGCAUUGAUAUUUCGCCUGGAAGGAAAUAUCCAAGAAUCCCUAGAACUCUUUCAGAAGUGCGCUGUUCUCAGCCCUCAGUCUGCUGAUAACCUCAAGCAGGUGGCCAGAUCUUUAUUUCUAUUGGGAAAACAUAAAGCUGCCACUGAAGUAUAUAAUGAAGCAGCUAAACUUAACCAGAAAGAUUGGGAGAUCUGUCAUAACCUAGGAGUUUGCUACAUUUACCUGAAACAGUUGGACAAGGCACAAGACCAGUUGCACAAUGCCCUACACCUUAACAGGCAUGAUCUGACUUACAUAAUGCUGGGCAAGAUCCACUUGCUGGAGGGAGACUUGGACAAGGCCAUCGAAAUCUACAAGAAAGCAGUGGAGUUCUCACCAGAAAAUACAGAACUUCUCACAACUUUAGGAUUACUCUACCUCCAGCUCGGCAUUUACCAGAAGGCAUUUGAACAUCUUGGAAAUGCACUGACUUACGACCCCACCAACUACAAGGCCAUCUUGGCAGCAGGCAGCAUGAUGCAGACCCAUGGGGAAUUUGAUGUUGCCCUCACCAAAUACAGAAUUGUAGCUUGUGCUGUUCCAGAAAGUCCUCCACUCUGGAAUAACAUUGGAAUGUGUUUCUUUGGCAAGAAGAAAUACGUGGCAGCUAUCAGCUGCCUGAAACGAGCCAACUACUUGGCACCCUUCGACUGGAAGAUUCUCUAUAAUUUGGGCCUUGUCCACUUGACUAUGCAGCAGUAUGCAUCAGCCUUCCAUUUUCUCAGUGCAGCCAUCAACUUCCAGCCAAAGAUGGGGGAGCUCUACAUGCUCUUGGCUGUGGCUCUGACCAAUCUGGAAGACACAGAGAAUGCCAGGAGAGCCUACGCAGAAGCAGUCCGCCUGGAUAAGUGUAACCCUUUGGUAAACCUGAACUAUGCUGUGUUGCUGUACAACCAGGGAGAGGAAAGGGGCGCCCUGGCCCAGUACCAGGAGAUGGAGAAGAAAGUCAACCUACUCAAGGACAGCAGCUCUCUGGAAUUUGACCCGGAGAUGGUGGAGAUGGCCCAGAAGUUGGGAGCUGCUCUCCAGGUCGGGGAGGCACUGGUCUGGACUAAACCAGUUAAAGAUCCCAAAUCAAAGCAGCGGACCACUUCAACCAGUAAAGCCGCCAGUUUCCAGCAGCCUCUGGGUUCUAAUCAAGCUCUAGGACAGGCAAUGUCUUCAGCAGCUGCAUAUAGGAAGCUCCCCUCAGGUGUCGGAGGAACAUCCCAGCUCACAAAGCCACCGUCUCUUCCUCUGGAGCCAGAGCCCACUGUGGAAGCACAACCAACUGAAGCACCAGCACAAAUAAGAGAAAAAUAGGUGUAGGAUGAGCCGAGCGUUGGGGUUUCUUUGGCGAGGAUGUUCCAGAUUAGGAAAGGUCCCGUGACACAGGCAGCAUGGAGGCCAGCACAUUCCCUGGGCAUCAUGAGCUGGAACACAGAACGUGUUACGAUGAUCACGAGGAGCCUGAGGCCUGUGCAGCCCCUGCUGCCCCCAUCAGCCGGGGACGAGCGAGAAGAUGGCCCAGACAGGUUCCCGAAGAAUUGAGAGCAAGGCUUCGGCUCUAUGUAUGUAGUUCCAAGAGCCAGCAGGGCAUGUGAUGCUAUCUGUGUUGGAAAGGACUUUAUCUCUUGGCUGGCUGACCCCUUCCUUUGUGGAAGGAAAGUCUCAGACAGACCUCUGCGCAGCAGUCCUGUCAUGACGAAGCCUUGUCUUAGCUGAGCUGAUCCUUGGGCUAUGUGGUAUAUAUCAGCCACUGAAGCAAAUACAAAUCUUUGAUUAAUAAUCCAGCUCUAAUAGUCUAAAAGAAAAAAAAAAUGAAACAAGCUCUUUAAAUUGAGGCCCAGACUACUGAGUGAGUAUCCCAGCUGCACCUGCCCAAGAGCAUCCAGAACAAGUCCCUAUAACUUGUUCUUGAGAAGUCAGAGUGUAGAGCCAGAUCAUGUCAGUAUGAAAAGUAGAGAUAAAGGGCUGGUCUGGUAUCAGCACCAGGGAUUUUAAAAAAAAGGAAGAGCUGCUUAACUGAGGAAUUUUUAUUUGAUAAUCAAUGAUACCAUUGACCAGAUGUUAUCAAUACAUUAUCUAUAUCUAUAUAUACUUUUCAGAAUAAAGAUUAUGUAUCAUCCUUUUGGGCAAAGUUAUUCAGGUAUAAA